AUGCAUUUAAUUGAAAUUGCAUUUGGCUUUGUCCUAACAGUAGCCCUCAUUCACGGCGAGACCUUUCAGGAAUUCAGACACAAUGAAUGCAUUCACCAACAUCGUUUAGACGACGAUGAAUAUAAAACAAUGAAGGAUUUAAUGUCGACGAUUCCCUCGGACAUCGAUAUGAGAUAUAAAUGUUAUAUGCAUUGUAUGCUGAUGGGGAGAGGUCAUUUGGAUAAGGAUGAACGAUAUAGAAUGGAAUGGAUUCAGGAGGAUUAUAAUUUACCCGAAUAUCAUGUUCGGAUUUUGGAGAAUUGUAAGGAGCAGCAUAAGCAAAUCGAAGAUCGAUGUGAAUAUGUUUUUCAAAUGGAAAUUUGUUCGAUGGAAGUGUUAAGGGAUUAUGAAUAA